CUGUGAGAAGACCGCAGCCAUUUUGAGAGGAUAGACGUAUAAAGACUUCUUGUUAUUUGUUUACAUCUCAUUUCUUGUUGAUUUAUUUGAACAGUUAGUUGUGAAUUUUGACUUAGAAAUGGCUAGUGAAGUAGAAAACCUGAAACAUUCAAAUGGAAACUUUCUCAAAGGAAAUUUUUUCACCGAAAUUAACCGGCAGCUUGGUCUUCUUCCUGGAUUUGCGGGACUUGGUCAAGAUAUGGCGAGGUUAGAUCAAGAAACACAAACUCCUGGCAGCACAACACCUAUGGACAAAGUUCGACAGAUGGCAGAAGUGAUUGCUUCAGAUGUGAUUGCUACGUUCGAGGAUAACAGUGAUAGAGCUCCCCAAAAUAGAUACUGUAAAACCAUGAGAAGAACUGUGAAAGAAAUGUCUGAUCGUCAUAAUAUCGCUUUCAAAUCUAUGGUGCAAAAACUAAAUGUGAAUGACACUAAUGCCUUCUCAACAUUUGUAUCAGUUGCUGAUGAAAUUUUUGAAGAUGGGACAAUUAACUGGGGUAGAAUUGUUGCGGUGUAUACUUUUGCUGCUAGGUUAUCUGUUCAUUGUAAGAAGCACACUCCUGAUUCUGAAGAAAGAAUUGCCUUGUAUGCUGGAAAAUAUGUUGCGAGUAAAUUGGGGAAGUGGAUCUUAGAUAAUGGGGGAUGGGAUGCCUUCGCUGAUUAUUUCCCAGAGCAAGGAGCAACAGAAGACAAGUUAUGGAAAGGACUCAUGUUCACUGCUGUUGGCCUCGUGACCUUAGGAACGAUGGUCGCAAAUCGUUGAACAAUCAACACGCAGGAGUGAACAACCAAACAUCUAGUCAGCUGAUAAACUCCACUCAUCCUACCCCAGGAUGCAACAGUCUCUGAGACAAUUAAGAAAAUGAAAAUCGUGUUCAGUUGGGGACAAUUUUUAUUUUAUUUUUGUUUUUUAUAAUUUUUGUCAACUGAUUGUCAUUUGUACAGAAGUGUAAUCCAUUUUGGAUUCUUUAUCCCCAACAUUAUGGACAAUUUUAAAGAUUUUUUUGAAAAAUAACUUUAAAUGUGUAUUUUUGAUGAGAAGGGGGACAAAAGACAUGAUUUUUCAUUUAUUGUAAGCUGACAAUUUGUCAAACCCACAAAAUCAUUCCUCUUGAAAAUGUGUAAACUAUUAGUAGUGAUAAUUUAACAGUUAAAUAUUAUAGAAUGUUUUGGCUGUCGAAGUUGAGAAGGCUAGGAAAACUUAUUAUUUUUGCAGCAUAUGUCAACAGAACUUGCCAUUUGAUAUGAUGUGAUUGGCAGAAUCUUCACCAAAAAAAGUGUUAAAAUUAUUAUAAUUUUAUUCUAAUAGUUGUAAGCAAAUCCAUUAUUUUAUAUAUACAUAUUGAAAAAAAAAAUACAGAAGAUUUUGUUAAUAUAUCAUAUUUAUUGGUAUUGAAGCAAUCAAAAGUAGUGCUAUUCUUCCAAAUAACAUGUUUUCAAUACAUGUAUGUGAACUAGUAUUAUAUAAAAAUGCAGCAUCCUAUGAAAAAAAUAAGGGCAGUUUCCUGUACCUCACGAAUAACUUAUUCACAUUGUUUGUAAGACUGUAAUUCGGUAAAAUGUUAUUUUGAUGUGUAAAUCAGCAAAGAUGAUUGAUCUCACGAAUGAACACGCAGUUAAAAUUUUUUUGGUUUGAAAUGAAAGUAAUUCUUUCAGAACUUGUCAAGUUUUAAGAGUAUUUUUUUAGUGUUGUAAAAAUGUGUAUGUAACUUUUCAUUACAAAAGAGUAUCAAAAGUUGAAAAGGGAAAAAGUAUGAACUUAUAAUACUGAAUAUGGAAUAUCUGAAAUAUCUCAAUUUUUGUUUCUUUGUUUGAUGCUGUAAAUGAUAUAGGCAUCCUUUUUGUGCAAUAGACAAUGUAAAUCCAAAUAAAAUAUUAAAAUUGA